CCCUCCACCCCCCACGCCGCACCGUAGGUUCUCUCUCCCGUAAGCCAAGCCCACGGCAAUUCAAUUGGGCAAACGCGCAAGCGUCCAACGCCGCGCCGCCCAUCGGGCUCCCCUGGCACGCAUCCCCGGACGCCACGCCGUCGGUAGACCCUACAGCCGCCAGUGGCGGGCGGCGGGGGCCUUCAAAUACGCCCGGGCUGGCGGCGGCGUCUCGGCCCCCUUUCGUUCCAAACCGCUCUUUUUUCCUUCUCUCUGGCUCCUCUUUCCCCGUCCGCCUCCGACGACUCGCCGCGCCUUGACGGCAGAAACCCUAGAGCGAAGGUCCAGCUGCCGGCCGGCCGGCCAUGACGUCGUGCGGUUGCCUUGUGCUGGAGAAGGUGGAGGACCACGGCGGCGGCGGCGACGCGGUGGCGGCAGCAGCAGCCAGGGGGGGUGGGAAGGGGAGGGCCGGGUGCGGGUGCGGGUCCUGCGCGGGGGAGUGGUGGAGCCGCCGUUCCUUCUCCGAGACCGUGUUCCCCAUCUACGUCAUGGGGAGCUCGCGUGCGACGGCCGCCCGCGGCAUACUCGACGCCGCCGGGGACCCCAUUUGGGAGGCCGUCAAGUCGGAGGCCAAGUCCGAGGCAGAGAAGGAGCCUAUUCUAAGUAGCUUUUUGUAUGCGAGUGUAUUAUCUCAUGACUGUCUGGAGCGGGCAUUGAGCUUCGUCCUUGCAAACAGGCUUGAAGAUCCAACAUUGCUUGCAACUCAGCUAAUUGACAUUUUUAAUGAUGUUAUGAUGAAUGACGUAGACAUACGCCGUUCCAUUCGCCUUGAUGCUCAGGCUUUCAAAGGCAGAGAUCCUUCCUGUGCACAAUAUAGCUGGGCGCUAUUAUACCUAAAGGGUUACCAUUCCUUGCAAUCCUAUAGGAUUGCUCAUGUAUUAUGGAAUCAAGGUCGUAAGGUUCUUGCGUUGGCGCUACAAAGCCGUAUUAGUGAGGUUUUUGCAGUGGAUAUACAUCCAGCUGCCAAAAUUGGGGAGGGAAUAUUGUUGGAUCAUGGAACAGGUCUAGUCAUUGGUGAAACUGCUGUUAUUGGCAACUGGGUUUCAUUAAUGCAGGGUGUUACGCUUGGAGGUACUGGCAAGGAACAUGGAGACAGGCACCCCAAGAUCGGCCAGGGAGCUCUUCUUGGAGCUGGUGCUACUAUCCUUGGCAACAUAAAUGUAGGCGAAGGUGCCAUGAUUGCUGCUGGUUCCCUGGUUUUAAAGCAUGUACCUUCCCACAGCAUGGCGGUUGGAAAUCCUGCAAAGGUAGUUGGCUAUAUGGAGAAAGAAGAUCCUUCUUUGACUAUGAAGCAUGAUGCAAGGAGAGAUUAUUUUGAACAUGUUGCCGGUAGUUUUUCAGAUGAUAGACCUAACGGAAGUGUUGUGAAGUAAAACUUGUGAGAAGAGCUAAGCAAGGAAUGGCAUUUUUGACAUUUCGCCUUCCUGGAGUGCAGACACUGGGACUGCUUCCUGUCUUUUGGCCCAGGAACCAACCUAUUUGUGGAAAGAUCCUGCAGGCCAGAGUCGCCCAGGACCCCUAAAACUCCCUUAUAUAUAUGUUCUCUUGUGCCCUUAAACUGGUGUAAUAACGUGAGAUGUUUUCUGUAAUCCUCCUGGUUGGCAUGGUGCACAUACUUUGUAGAGACCUCCGGCAUCAGUUAUACACAGAGCAGCGCUUAUGAUCUGUCGAGUCACUUCUCUGAAUCGACAUGAAGUCAGGCUGUAAGUUGUGGUAAACGGGGUAAACGGGGCAUUCACUUGCCAAGUUAUUUCCUA